UCCGAUGCCUCCAUCGUUGACUUGGUUUGUUACUUGAUUGAAAUUGAGUUGGGAUGUAACGCACAAGGACCGCCGCAGCAGUUGUGCACCAGGCCGGAAAGGUUGUGUCCCUCUCUCUCUCUCUCUCUCUCUCUCUCUCUCCGCGCCACGGUUGUACGGCGUGUCAGGUAGCUGACCAUGUCGACCGGAGUAGGGGUCAUGUGUGCUCGCUCGGUCGGUACGUGCUGGCUGGCCAAGGUUUGCUGACCGUGACAAGCAACGUGAUGUGAACAGGAAGGGUUGGCUGUGGCUCACCGUACUCGAGCCAUGCGCAUCAUCCAAUCGGUGCAUGAUGUACAUGCUCCCACAAAGCCUGCCGCCUCGGCUGUGGACGCGCGCAUUGGACUGUGUUGUGUGGUGAGGAAACUGGAUGAACAACCAUGCACCAGGCCAAGGCCCCCAGCCAGGCCGUGCUAACCCGCCAUUGUGCCCCAGCUUCCCCCAGGUGCUGCCCCAGCCCGCCCGGGCCACUUGUUGGUUCAGGGUCCCUUUUGAGCAACAUCCCCGAAACCCUCCAUCUAUUGCCUGGCCCCAGUCAGCCAUCCGCUCUCCACGCCCGGCAUCGCCGUUGCCAAUUCGCCGGCUCAAAAAAGCAAACAAACACGAGAGGAAGCAAAAAAGAAGAAUAAGAAAAACAAAAAGAAAAGAAAAGAGACAUGGCAUCGCUUGGGUCAAGAGGCGUGGUGGUUGCCUCUGCGCGGUGAGCAAACACGCGACGAGCAAAUCACUUCAAUCCCCUCGGUUUGCCUGUGAAAUGUGAAUGCUCGCUCGCUGCUCCAUUCGGGGCCUUGGCCUAACUGCAUUGGGGCGCUGCUCCGGCCCAGUAUUUCUAGAAGGAUUUGAUGUUACUUUCCACUGUACCCAUUCCCCCGACCGUGCUGCACCUCCACAACCACCCCCGGCCUCUUGACAAUAAAAGCUCCCCGUCCCUCGCUGCUGUCCGCUUCCCCCUCUGAAGGCAUCCCUCAAUUCUCCUUUGCUCUUCUUCCUCGAGCCAGGGUCGCGUUUGCGUGCAACCUAUUCAAUCAAGAUCCCUCCUCAGCAAACCACCUUACUACAACCUAAUCAACCAUGCCUGGUGGUGGAGCUGUUCCCGUCACCGGCACGACCGAUGUCAAUCGCGUCGAGGCUCCCGUGACUCUCCGCGCCUACCUCAUCGUCGCCUUCGCUGCCUUUGGUGGUAUCUUCUUCGGCUAUGAUACCGGUUGGAUGGGUGGUGUCCUUGCCAUGGAGUACUUCAUCAAGCAGUACACUGGCAUGGAGUACCCCGACGUCAAGUUCCCCGGUGUCGACCCCGAGAACGCAGAGUUCAAGGCCUACAAGGAUUCCUUCAUUGUCCCGCAAUGGCAGGUUUCUUUGACCACCUCCAUUCUGUCCGCCGGUACCUUCUUCGGUGCCAUCAUUGCUGGUGAUCUGGCUGAUUUCAUUGGUCGCCGCUUGACCAUCAUCAUCGGCUGUGCCGUCUUCUGCGUCGGUGGUAUCCUCGAGUGCGCCUCCACUGGCUUGGGCGUCAUGACCGCUGGUCGUCUCAUUGCUGGUUUCGGUGUUGGUUUCAUCUCCAGUGUCGUCAUUCUCUACAUGUCCGAGAUCUCUCCCAAGAAGGUCCGCGGUGCUGUUGUUGGUGGUUACCAAUUCUGCAUCACCAUCGGUAUCUUGCUUGCCAACUGCGUCGUCUACGCCACCCAGGCUCGCCGUGACACUGGCUCCUACCGUAUCCCCAUCGCCGUCCAGUUCCUCUGGGCCAUCAUCCUCGCUACCGGUCUCAUCCUCCUUCCCGACUCCCCCCGUUUCUUCGUCAAGAAGGGAAAGCUCGACAAGGCUGCCAAGGCUCUUGCCCGCGUCCGUGGCCAGCCUGUAGAUUCAGAGUUCAUCCAGGAUGAGCUUGCUGAGAUCAUCGCCAACCACGAGUAUGAGAUGUCCAUUGCCCCUCAGACCAGCUACCUCGGUUCCUGGGCUGCUUGCUUCGAGGGCAAGCUUUCUGCUCCCUCUUCCAACGCCCGCAAGACCUUCCUUGGUAUUGUCAUGCAGAUGAUGCAGCAGCUUACCGGCAUCAACUUCAUCUUCUACUUCGGCCCCAUCUUCUUCAAGCAGCUCGGCACCAUUGAGAACGUCUUCUUGAUCUCUCUCGUCACCACCCUUGUCAACGUCCUCUCCACCCCCUUCUGCUUCGUCAUGAUUGAGAGGCUCGGUCGCCGCACUCUCCUCAUCUGGGGUGCUGCCUUCAUGGUCAUCUGCCAGUUCAUCGUCGGUGCCAUUGGUGCCACCGAGGGCAAGGAGUCGGCCGGCAACCCCGCCGCUGUCAAGGCCAUGAUUGCCUUCAUCUGCUUGAACAUUUCCGCUUUCGCCACCACCUGGGGUCCUUGCGCCUGGGUCGUCAUUGGUGAAAUCUUUCCUCUCACCAUCCGUGCUCGCGGUGUUGGUCUUUCCACUGCCUCCAACUGGUUCUGGAACUGCAUCAUCGGUAUCAUCACCCCUUACCUUGUCUCCAACGAGGCCAACUCCGCCAAACUCGGAUCCAACGUCUUCUUCAUGUGGGGCGGCCUCUGCUGCAUCUCCUUCCUCUUCGCCUUCUUCUUCGUCCCCGAGACCAAGGGUCUUACCCUCGAGCAAGUCGACAAGAUGAUGGAGGAGUCGACUCCCCGCACCUCCGCCAAGUGGAAGCCCACGACCACCUUCGCCGCCGACAUGAACCUCGCCGAGAAGCACAUCGAGGUUCCCAUCGAGACCACCACCAAGACUUCCUCCGCCGUCUAAGCGCGUCUUAUUCUCACCAUCACUUUGAGAAUGCGCUUCCUUUUAUAAUGCGAUAAUACGGCUUUUUUUGGGAAAUAAGUUUCAAGUCAUGCUGCAAACGUUGAUAUAAUGUUGGGUAUGGCUAUUUACGUCUGUCUUGUCUGUGUGCGUGUGUGCCUAUGUGUGUAUGGGGUGGGCGGGAUGCAUAUAUAUUGGAACGUUUUCUUGUUUGGAUCGGAUGGGUUGCGUGGUUUUUCUCAACUCGUUCUAUUUCCCGGAAAACGUCUCCUUUAUUGUUCUUUGUUACUACCAUAAUCCAAUUUUAACUAUACCCUGAUAUAUCCUUGCGCGUUUAUCUAUUCAUCUAUCCAUGCGUGCGUGCGUGCGUGCGUGUGUGAGUCAGUAGAAUCUGUGUGUUUUUGUACUGCUUGCUUCCUGGCAUUGCGAAGAGAGAGAGAGAGAGAGAGAGACGGAAGAAGAAUGGAGAUUGUUUCUAUGCCAUCCCAUGCCCAUCUUGUUUUUAUC